UAUCUUUUUACGCGGUGUUCAUACGCUCGACGACUCCACGGUUUCUCUGUUCUCUGUUCUUUCUUCUGUCGUCCUUCCACCAUCCUCCUCGCUCUUCCUUCCGCGAUCUUCCUCGCUUCCUCCCAUAUCCCCACGCUCCGGAGAAAUUAAAUCCUAAUCCUACCUCUUGCUGCGAGGUAUCCGAUACCAGGGUACGCGUGUAACAUAAAAGAGAUAGCAGAAAAUGAGUAAAGUUCGGCAUUGGUUUUGUUGUUCUUUUCAGGUGAAUGUGUCUCAUGAUGUCCAUGAGGAUGAAUACAAGAAGAACCCGACUAAUAAUGCAAGUGGACCACCGACAGGCUCGAAGUAUUCUUCUCCUGUUAAAAAUGUCAUAGCAAAGGGUCCACCAGUUAUUCAGUUGUCUGCAUUAUCAUUAGAGGAACUGAAACAGAAGACUGAUAAUUUUGAUUCAAAGUGUUUGGUAGGGGAAGGGUCAUAUGGAAGGGUGUACUUUGCAAUUCUAGACAAUGGGAAGCAUGUUGCUGUGAAGAAGCUUGAUGCUUCUGAAGAUGACUCAAAUGAAUUUUUGUCUCAGGUUGCUACUGUAUCCAGAUUGAAGCAUGAAAAUUUUGUUGAAAUGCUGGGAUACUGUGUGGAAGGAAAUAUGCGUCUGUUGGCCUAUGAAUUUGCAACUAUGGGCUCUUUACAUGACGUUUUGCAUGGCAGAAAGGGAGUUCAAGGCGCACAACCUGGUCCGGUGCUAGAUUGGAUGCAACGAGUUAGAAUAGCUGUUGAUGCUGCAAAGGGACUUGAGUAUCUACAUGAGAGGUUUCAACCUUCUGUAAUACAUCGUGAUAUCAGAUCAAGUAAUGUUCUUCUAUUCGAGGACUUCAGAGCCAAAAUCGCAGAUUUUAACCUUUCAAAUCAGGCUCCUGACAUGGCUGCUCGUCUUCACUCUACUCGAGUGUUAGGAACCUUCGGUUACCAUGCACCAGAGUAUGCUAUGACAGGCCAAUUGACACAAAAGAGUGAUGUGUAUAGUUUUGGUGUUGUUCUUUUGGAAUUGUUGACUGGUAGGAAACCUGUGGAUCAUACAAUGCCUAAAGGGCAGCAAAGUCUGGUCACUUGGGCCACUCCAAGAUUGAGUGAAGACAAAGUAAAGCAAUGUAUAGAUCCAAGACUGAAGGGAGAGUAUCCACUAAAAGGAGUUGCAAAGUUGGCUGCAGUGGCAGCACUAUGUGUUCAAUACGAAUCUGAAUUUCGACCCAAUAUGAGCAUUGUGGUUAAGGCUCUCUCUCCUCUUCUUGUAAAUAAGGCAGCUGUUGCUGCACCACCUGCUGCUACUGCUCCCCCAUCUUCAGAUUAAGGAUGAAAGGAUCAUUUUGCAUUAAUCCAACUUGUGAUGAUGGUAUGCCUUGUACAAGGACAAUCGACAGUUAGGUAGUUAUCAGGCCUGCUUGUGAGAUACAAUUCUUUCCUGUAUUUUCUAGUAUCAUAUGGACCAUUGAUUACGAGAUUCUUGUGGGUGGUGAAUAUGUGUUGUUAAAUCCUCUCAUGCUUCAGUUCUUUUGGAGACGGCUGUGAGACAACACAAACGGUUGUGUUGUUGAAGGUUGUAAUAUGCGUUACGCUCUCUAUUACUCAGUCAAAACUUUAAUAACCAGGAGUGCUUAUUAUUUUCA